AUGAAUACAAGCAUUUCCAAUUCGAUGGGAGAUGAAAAAUUUCAAAUGCAUGUCGACCAUGACGUUGAUGAUAAUAAUCGAUUAAUAAAAUCUCGUUAUUUCGAACAACGUCGUCCAUUUCGUUUAACAUCAUUAAUUUAUCCAAUUUCAUUGGCUUUACUUAUUCUCAUUAGUACUGUACUUUUAGUUCUUACUGUUACUCGACGAAAUACAUGUCGUCAACAACAAUUAGAACAAGCUGAAGUUCUUUUAGGUUAUAAACCUGACAGUCAUUUUUAA